AUCAAUCGCAAUUUAAAACGCUAGAAUUUUGCGAAAACAUCUCGUGUUUGGCGGUGUUAUGAGGAAAAUGUGAGUUAGGUUUAAGACAAUUUACCAUCUGAUUAAAAAAAUUGAAUUAUGAUCAUGUUCAGCUUUGAAAAGAAACAAGGGCACGCUUUUAGCGAUGUGAAUGUCUUGGUAUUUUAUACGUUGACUAGCAUGUGGUUCAAUACGGCAAUUUGUAUGAAUACAACUAGCUAUUUUAACGCUUUCAACGCGACAUCAGUAAAUUUUAUUAAAGGACCUUAUUUGUCAUCAGACAUUGGAUCUCAUAACUUGGAAACCUCCAUAGGAUACCAACCUAAAAGCAAAUCAACUCGCACAUUACAUGUAUUUCUACCGUCACUUACACCAUCAUACACCUUGAGUUCCUCUUCUCAAGAAACUUUAAUAACGAUGCAGGCUAAGUUGAUAUCGUUACCAAUGAAAAUCUCAACCACAACUAUCCAAGAAUCAGUAUUUUCCUCAUUUGACCUACACAGAUUCCAAACGCCGUCAAUGAAUCGCUCAAGAAAGAAUUUAAGUCGAUUUUUAUCAUCUUACAAAAGUAUUUUGGCUUCAGAGAGUGUUUUAUCUUUAACUGAAUCACGUAUGACAAAAGCAAUCUUUAUGACGUCACAUAUUAGACCAUCAGAUGUCCAAAACAUCCACUCUAACACUAUUGUAUCAAUAUCGCAGUCACUAAAUGAAAGAUCAAAUUUGCUUGUUAGGUCCAUCUCCAUAUAUUCCAAUUCUUUGGACAAAAGUAAUAUAAGCAAAAUGCAGAAACCAGAAAGCUUAACUACGUCAAAUUUUUUUCAAGAAGUAUCAAAAGUGGAGAUAUAUACACAAUCGCUAGGUUUGAGCUCUAGUGAAAUGACUUUCAUGCGACACAUGACGCCCAAUGAUAUACUCAUGCAUUUGACUACUGUCUCGGAAACAUUUCUAUCAAAAAAUUCCUUAAUGCCAACAACCUUUCGUAAUAAAAUUUUGAAAACUUCGUCAAAAUUAAUCACCACAACAAGGAACACACCAUUACUGUUCUCUUCUUUCUUCAGGAAAAACUCGUCAGUGCUGAACAAACUACAUAAUUUGAAAAAUAAUUUUGUGAGAACAAUGGACACUUUGCUUGCAACGAUGUUUGCGACUUCAAUAUUUUUAAACAACACUUCAAGUUUGACCCGCUCCAAAAAAGUGUCGUCUGUAAACUUUUCAACUUGGAGCAUUAUUCCGGGAAGAAUGGAUGAAACUACUUUUCAAAAACUGUUACCUAACAUUUCUGAGUCCAUCAUGGAAAUAAACUCUGCUGAAAAAGAAACUGCAUCGAAACUCAGUCAAGUUCAAAGAACUACGGUAACAUUGGCAAGAAUCUCUGCUAAGUCAAUUUCACAAAAUGUAAGAAUUUUUCCAUCCACGGCACUUCGAAAAAUUACUUUUUCUCUUCAUGCAAGAAGAUCGUUUCUUAUUUCCCAGAUCAGUACAAUGUUUUUAAGCUCAAAAACGUCAACGGUUGAUGGCAGCAUUACACUUUUACAAACCUUUACCAGCUCUAAUGCUGGCAACUUGACUUUUCGUCCAAGCCAAUCAAAUGAUAACGUAUUUUUGUCCACGUCAAAUAUUAUCAAUUUAGCGGCCAUGUUAUUAUCGCAAAAAAGAAUUUUUUUCAGAACAUCAGAAAUCAACUCCAAAUUUGCAACAAUAAAUACAUCUUCAAGCAUGCCGAAAAAUAUUUUAUCGCCGCCAUUUACUCCAUCUAUUUCUUUGCCCUCAAGUUCCACUAAUUCUUUUGUUUCCUUUACAAAGCAUAACAGAAGAUCCAUUAUGGCCAAUACUACUUAUGGUGAAGCUUCACGUGAUACAUCGUCUGUAAAUGAAAACGAGAUCAUUUUAAAGUCUAUAACAAACAAACAUCCGAUUUCGUCAAUUGCAAGAUCAUUGAGAGCUUUAGACAUCAGUAACUCUUCAACAUCACAAAAAAUCACAAUUUCUCUGAAUACGCCUAAGUUGAUAGUUUCUUCGCCAGAUGCUUACAUCACAACCCAGUUGGGCCGAAAAAUAUCAAAUUUAUCAAGUUUAUCAAGUGAAUCGAGUGACAUAACUGCAACAUCGUUAAUGAAAACAAAAUUACCCUUACAUUCCCUGUCAUCAUUAAUAACCAGGUUGAGAUUUACAGCAAAAUUUAAAAGUACUGGCGUUCUGAACACAUUUAAAAUACAGACAUCGAGCCCAUCAUCAUCACACUUGUUGUCUUACAAGAGAAAAUCGACGAUAAUGAAAUGGGAAAGUACCAAAUUCAUUUCACUCAUCACAUAUCCUAAUGCAACUGAUGAAACUAAAAUGAGAGAACGCCAAUUUACGCCAACAAUUUACAAAGAACCUAUCUCGUCUGACUCAAGAGUUUACAUGACGUCAUCAUUUAUUACAAGAGGAUCAUUAUUUCCACUUGAAAGCUCCACAUUAUAUGUUUCAAGUAAAGUUAGUUCACAAUUAAAUUUUUCAUUUUUAUCUCAAAAUCUUCCUUCCAUCCACUCUUCUUUAACAUUACAACUGUUGGCUUUAUCCUCUAGCAUAAUUUCAAAAUCUGGUUUGAAAAAAUCGCUUGACGUCACCUCCAGGUUAUCAAAAUAUUCAGCAUUAAACUUAACCAAAACUUCGAGAACAUUUUUGCCCAUAUCUAUGCCUACUGUAAUGUCCUCAGGCUCAAAUUCAUCUCGUACUUCUUCCACAAAACAUAGUAGAGGUUCGACUGUGAACAAAAAACUAUCGGGAUUUUCGGCAUUUUCUGAUGAGUCAACACGUAGCACGUCAUCUUUGCACAUAAGUGGAGUGAAUUCACUUUUUAGGUCCUCUUUAGAAAAAGGAAAUGCUCUUACAGCUAAAACCCAAUGUAUUUCCCCAUCAAAAACUUUGGCCAUGAGCAAAUCAUUAAUUUUGCACAGAGUUUUAGUUUCUUCCUCAGCUGCAAACAUCAAAACCAAUUUGAUAAACAAAACUUCCAGUUUAUCGAAAAAAAUGGCUGACGAAAAUGUAAAAUCAACAGCCUCAACGCCCAAUACUGAAGGAUUUUUGUUGAGCUAUUUGUCCCAUAGAAGUAGUAUUAGAUCGAAAAAUACACCAUUAAAUAUAAACAGAACUUCAUUUGCACAACGACUGCCGUUUUUCUUAUCAAAGACAAUAUCAACAACAGUGAAAACAAGAAAAUCCAGCUUAAUACAUGCAACAUACUCGGUUGAGGUUGCAUCGACGCUGCCUUUAAAAAAGUCUGUGGUGAGACUUGUGACAUCUGUUAUAUCCAUAAAGUCAAUCUCGACUUACUCAACUCAUUUUACGGUAUCAAAUUUUGAUGAUAAAAGAUCCUCGAGGGCAUUUGAAGCGUAUAUAUCAGCUGUUUCAAACAUGCUGAGUCAACAUUCAUCAUUUUCAUCGUCCAGUUUUUCUUCCUCCGUCACUUCUUCAGACGUACAAAUUUCAAGGACAUCAUUGAAUAUAUUUUUCAAUUCAAGUCUUCGGUUUACAGUACGCGUUUUUCUUCUUAUUCCUACAACGGUUAACACACAAGAUAUUAUGUUUCUUCGUGAUCUUCGAAGUAAAUUGGAAAGAUUAUAUAACUUAGGCGAUUUAAAGGGUUUUUCCUCUAGAAAACGACGCAAUACAUUGCAGGAUGUAAGGUCCGGAGAGUUUAAAACAAUUAACAAUGACGCUGGUCAAAGAUUGCGAUUAAAAAGACAGAAUGAAACACGAUUCAGAGUGGAGCUCUUAAAUGUUACUCGUUCUCCGGCCAGUGAACAAGUCGAAGUCCGUUUCUGCGUCAAAAAUUGGUCUUUAUUAAUACCAGCUGUUGAAGCUGCAAGAACUAUGAACAUUCCAUCACUAGCUGAAGCAGUUUCAAUUUUAGGAUACCAGGUUUCUGGAAAAUUUAGCGCCAUUUUAAUCUCUCUUGAUGAAAGGAAUAAAAACAAUGAAGUCGUGUUAGUUAUUGUUUCUGUUAGCGUCCCUGUUGUGCUCGUUUUCUUGGCUUGCUUAGUCAUCAAACGCUGGAAAAAACGACGAACAAGUCAUAAACUCAAGUUAAAUAAAGUUUCCAUUGAAAGAAAUAAAGAUGAACUUGAACGUGUUAUUCCUGACAGAUAUAGAAAACACGAAACAUUGCCAACCAGCACAUCACCAACACUUCCAACUAAAGAUUACCCUGAUGUAAUUGUGCAAACACCAGACACAAAAAAGCAAAGAAGAAAAAUUGUUAAACUAAUUGAAGUCCAAGAAAUUGAAAAACAGAUAUCACCGUCAAUUGUUUCUCAUCCUGCAGCAACAUUUGAAAAUAUCACUUACGUAAACUUCGAUGGCACAUCAAGUUUUGCUGUUUCUGAAGUAGCUCUACGAUUACGUCCAACUAUACGCAAAGAAAUUGACUCAGAUGUGAAAACAAAUGCCAUCCCAAAUCAUAGUCUUGCUGGAAAAAAUAAAAAUAUAACUCAAAGAAAUGACACGUUGAUUCAGUCAAUUGAACCAUCUUUGAAAGAUAAGCUGAUGAAGAAAAAACAAAUUUCAGAAUCUGAGUCUGACGACACCAUUCAAAUAAAGGCCAAUAUAGAAAAAUGGAGAGAAAAAUUGCGUCAGCGGAGAAAAAAGAAGGAAAACACUAAGUCAGCAAAAAAUAAGUAUCUCAAACAGAGAAGAAGACAAUUUGACUCAUUAAUAUCUUUGGAAGAGAAGAAAUUAUCUCGACGUGAAUGGCUUAUGGCUCAACUAGAGAUUCAAGCCAUUUUGGAAGGAAAAGAUGUAAACAAACAACUGGAGAAAGUUAGUUGGACUUCUGAUACAGAGCUGAAACCAGAAGCUGAAAAGUAUGUAGAAAGUGAGACAGACAAUGAGGUGCUAUUUUUUCCUAUAAAACGUCGUCGUAUGCGGUUACCUCAAAAAUCUUCUCGACGAGUGGCGCCCUUUUAUGACGAUAAUGUCCCAAUGAUUGCUCUUACACGAAAACAGAAACGUUUUGAUACAGACAACUUACCUGGCGAGUCAACUUUUCAAGAAGCUGAUACCAGCAGGCCUCCGAAUAAACUGACUGUUGAUAAUCGUCAUGGUAAUACGUAUUAUGAUUCUUUAGAUGAAACAGAUCUUUAUGAACAAUUUUAUAGUCCUGAUAAACCUAAUUAUGCUCACCGAGGUUACUAUACACUUCCAACGGAUAAACACAAGUUUCCCUCUGUGAAACAUUACAAGCCCUUACAGACAGAGACAUCCUUUACUUCUGGUGAACCAUUUUUAAUACCACGGCGUGAACCAAUUAACUCAAGACGCCCACCAGCAAAUUCAUACGUAACAAAUCAUCAACAGAUUCAAAAAUUGAAUGAAGACUUAGGUGAUAGUGCAAAUUCUGUCGGAACAAAACUGAGUAAUAGAAUCUACAAUGUUGUAACAAACAAUGAAAAUUCGAAGGAGGUAGAAGCUCCACUCGCAGAAAAAGGUGCUGGCGUAACGAAGAAUACUGAAAAUACGCAUGGCCACUCUUUGUCGAAUGUAAAUGAACUACAAAACACGUUGAUGGAUGCAAAAACGGAUGACGAUUUUUCCAAUUACAGUUUGAACGAGAAACAAGCGAGAUCUUUAGUAACUCGCGCUUUAAGCCAAGCAAAUACAAAGAAAAUUUAAAGUGAAUUAAAAAAGUGACUGUCGAGGGACUUCUAACCCUUGUUAUACGCACGAAAUAUUAAGGUCUCAAUGAUUGUUCUUAUUGACUCAUAAAGUUAUCAGUUUGCUUUACGCCACAAGUUAAGAUGGAAUAAUUUCUAUCAAUUGCCAUGUUGUUUACAUUUUGUAUUGCUUUCAUUUAUGCGAAAUUUUAUUAAAAAUAAAUAAUGUAGAAUAAGAAAAUGGGAAAUUUUGGAGAAACCAGAAGAAACUGAAGAAAGAAGAAACACUUAAAUAAGGCAAAACAGAAAAUUGUAACAUAUUUUGUUUGUUUUUUAAAGUUUACUAAAUUUUAUCCAAUGAUUUAUCCUCUGAUGGAAUAAAAAAGUCGUACCCAAUAGCUCUCCCUUCCCUUUGAAGGACAGGUUGUUUUGUAUGCCUAAAAGCCAAA